AACGGGCAGGAGAGGCCUGUCCUUGCAACACAACCUUCUGUCAGAUCUUCAAGCAGGGCUACUUCUACCUGUACCCCUUCAACAUCGAGUACAGCCUCUUCGCCUCCACAAUGGUCUAUGUCAUGUGGAAGAACGUGGGGCGCCUAAUAGGCCCUUCCCACGGCCAUGGCCACGGACAUACCCCAUCCCCAGGCAGCCUCUUCCGGGAAACUUUCUUCGUUGGUCCUGUGCUGGGCUUGUUCAUAUUUGUGGUGGGGCUGGGGGUCUUCAUUAUCUAUGAAGUCCAGGUGAGUGGGGAGACAAGUGGGAUCCACCAAGCCCUGGUCCUCUACUACAGCUUCAAUGUAGUCUGCCUGGGCCUUAUGACUCUAGUCAGCCUUGGGGGCUCUAUCAUCUACCGUUUUGACCAGAGGACAAUGGACCAUCACAAGAACCCAACUCGUACAGUGGACGUGGCGCUGCUGAUGGGGGCUGCUCUUGGGCAGUAUGCCAUCUCUUAUUAUUCUAUUGUGGCUGUGGUGGUGAGGACUCCCAGGGACCUGAUGGGUGGGUUGAAUCUUGCCUAUUCCUUGCUAAUGAUUGCCCAGCACACCUUCCAGAAUGUCUUCAUCAUUGAGAGCCUCCACCGAGGCCCUCCUGCCAUCCAGGGAAACCCACCCAAUGAGCCUGUCCAUGGUCUCACCUAUGCCAAUCAGGAUGCCCUCCAGACCUUGCCUGCCUACCCAUCCACUCCUAGGCUGGUGGGGGCCACCCCUGCUGACCCCCAGGAGCCAGUAUCCAUUUUCCCAGCCCCCCAGAGGAACUGGAGGCGCAAGUGCCUGAAGGAUAUUUCACUAUUUCUACUGUUGUGCAACGUGAUUCUCUGGAUCAUGCCUGCCUUUGGUGCCCGCCCUCAUUUCAGCAACAACCUGGAACUGGAUUUCUAUGGCUAUUCCCUGUGGGCAGCCAUUGUCAACAUCUGCCUUCCCUUCGGAAUCUUCUACCGCAUGCAUGCUGUCUCCAGCUUGCUGGAGGUCUAUGUUCUGUCCUGA